UCAGUUUCAGUUUUAGCUUUGAUGCGAACGGUUCGCAUUGCAGACAAGUGUGCUAAAUAUAAUUAAAAUAUUUUUAUAAUUUAGUGUUUAGUUUUAAUCUAAAAUAAAGAAACAAAAUGAAAUUUUUCGUUUUGUUAUCCCUUUUUGUGAGCGCUUAUGCAGCUGCGGGUAAUUCACAUUUGGUUUGCUACUACGAGGGAAAAAGCUACCUACGUGAAGGUCUUGCGAAAUUGAUCAUUAGUGACUUGGAACCGGCUUUGCAAUUCUGCUCACAUUUGGUUUACGGUUAUGCCAGCAUUAAUCCAACCUCGAAUAAAUUGGUCAGCCCCAACGAAAAACUGGAUUUGGAUAUUGGCAGUGGUGUUUAUCGCGCUUUAACAAAUUUGAAAAAGAAAUAUCCACACUUGAAAGUUUUGUUGAGUGUCGGCGGUGAUAGUGACAUUGUAGAUCCAGAUAGCAACAAAUAUUUGACACUUUUGGAGAGUAGCAAUGCGCGCAUACCAUUCAUUAAUAGUGCUCACUCCUUAAUCAAGACAUACGGUUUUGAUGGUUUGGAUUUAGCUUGGCAAUUCCCUAAAAAUAAAGCAAAGAAAGUACACAGCGGUAUUGGUAAAUUCUGGAAAGGAUUUAAGAAAAUCUUCACUGGUGAUUUCGUUGUUGAUGAAAAGUCUGAGGAACAUAAAGAAGAAUUCACUGCUUUAGUACGUGAACUGAAAAAUGCUUUCCGUCCAGAUAACUAUAUUUUAGGCUUGACUGUUUUACCAAAUGUCAAUUCUUCAUUGUUCUUCGACAUCCCUGCUAUAAUCAAUAAUUUGGACUAUGUUAAUCUGAUGGCUUAUGACUUCAACACACCAGAACGCAAUCCAGAAGUUGGCGAUUUUCCAUCACCAAUCUUUGAAUUGAAUGAACGCAAUCCUGAAUUCAAUGUUAACUAUCAAGUGCAACACUGGCUCAACAACCGUGCACCAGCCACUAAACUUAAUGUUGGCGUUGCAACAUAUGGUCGUGCAUGGAAGAUGACCAAAGAUUCUGGUUUGACUGGUUUGCCACCAGUAGCUAGCACUGACGGCGCUGCUGUUACUAGCUUGCAAGAACAAUCUCCAGGUCUUUUGAGCUGGCCAGAAGUUUGCUCUAAACUACCCAAUCCCGCCAAUCAACAUUUGAAGGGUGCUGAUGCGCCAUUGCGUAAAGUGGGUGAUCCAACAAAACGGUUUGGCAACUAUGCUUAUCGCGCCUCUGAUGAUAACGGUGAGAAUGGUAUGUGGGUGAGCUAUGAAGAUCCCGACAGUGCCUCCAAUAAGGCUGCAUACGUCAAAACCAAAGGCUUAGGUGGCAUUGCUCUAGUCGAUUUAUCUCUCGAUGAUUUCCGUGGUGCUUGCACUGGUGACAAAUAUCCUCUUCUUCGCGCCAUCAAAUACAAAUUGUAAAUUUAUGUUAUAUUUUUUUAUUAUUUUGCACUUUUGUUCUCAUAACAAUUUAUCAAUAACAAUGCUUCAGACAUUUUAAUAAACGACUUUACAUAAUUAAAAACUAAA